AUGACAUCCACAUCGCAGCUUUGUCAGUCAGAUCUAUUCGAAAAACGCUCCGAGCUCCUCAGUCGCAACGCUCGAGUGGCUCUCUCGUACGAGAGAGCCAGGGCUAUCGGCUUAGCACAUGACAUCACUCUUCAUGACACUUUGGAUUUAACGCAAAAAUUUUGGGACAUGCACCUCGAUCCAAUCAUAGUCCUAGAUGGGGCUGCGUUCACGCUGCUGACCAUCCAGUACAAUUUGGUCGCAGGAACGCUUGCACAAUAUGCUGCAACUACUAGACCUGACUUGGUUUCCCUCGUCGAGGACAUUCUUCGAUGGGAUGUUAUUGGUCAAUUCUGCCUUACCGAACUGGGGAGAGGCCUAGACAUCUUCCGAAUGAAAACAUCAGCGACACUUCUCCCAACGGGUGGAUUCGAUCUUCAUACGCCGUUGCCCUCGGAUGCCAAGUUCAUGCCGCCAACUGUUCCGGUGAAAGGUGUUCCAUGUGUCGCCAUUGUUUUCGCACAACUGUACGUGAACGGCGAAUGCCGUGGACCCCGGCCGUUUCUUGUCAACAUAAACGACGGAUAUCAUAUGUGUAACGGGGUGACUUCGAAGUUACUACCACCCAGAGGAUGUUCAGCUCCCGUCAACCAUGCACUCACAAGCUUCCAUCAUGUCGGCUUACCGCCUUCAGCCCUUCUCGGGGACCUCGACAAGUCCAACAGUAUGCAUCAUGACUUUAUGACCUCUAUAUGGCGUGUUAUGGUCGGGGCUCUAGCGAUUAGCUCGAUGGCAAUAUCUGAUCUUCAGAUGUCAUCGUACAUCGCCGCGCGUUACUUUCAGCGUCGACAUGUCACCAGUGUGUAUGGAAAUCUUGUACCCAUACUUUCAUACCGGACGCAACAGCUCCCUUUACUACAUGCCGUCGCCCAGGCGUUUGUUUUAAGAGCGCUUUAUAGAUGGGCUAUCGAACAGUUCAUGGACAAGAGCCUAGAUGUCCGUGUGCGACAUGGCGUUGCGGCUUGCUGUAAAGCAGUCAUGGUUCAACACGCACAAGUUGCAAAUCAUGCCCUGUCUGAAAGAAUGGGAGCUCAAGGCCUCUUCGAAUAUAAUCGGCUGUCCAACUUAUAUAGCGAGAUUAGGGGAGUGAGCAUCGCUGAAGGUGAUAUUCUAGGACUUUCCAUGCGACUCGUGGCAGAUACCUUGGCGCAAAUGUACACAUUACCUCUCUCGACACACCCAGACGGCCCCCUUGCGUUGCACGAAAUCUCAUUAUUUGAUGAGGCAACCGAGACAGUUUCCUCCUCAUCCGAUUUCACACAAGCGUUCACGCAAUAUGUUCAGCCGCGCUGUCAGCUGAUGGUCGAAUCCAUGGGACACCGUAUGGCCUAUGACACCGCUGUCGACCAAGGGGUCUCCCAAUGUCUUAUCGAUCUGUAUCUCAUCAAUGCGAUCAAGACAGAUGCCGCGUGGUAUGUAGAGCGUGGUAUAUUUACGCGACAGGCCAUUAUGCGUAUGGAGGAUACUGCUUUAUUGGCAGCUUUGCCUCGCCUGGACGAGUUGCUCGCUGCGAUGCAGGUUGAGCCAUACGUCUUAUCACCCAUCAUAUCGGAUGAGCGCUGGGAGAAAUUUAGCAAGACGUUGCCUGUUUAUAGCUCCCCUCAGGCUGAGGAGACAGCGCAGCCGACUUUGGUUUUGGAGAGAGCUCGACUUUGAAGCUCUGGGUUGUUAUAUCCUUGCAUAAAUAUAUGAUGGACCUUUUGCUCAUAACUUUAGUAGUCUGUCGAGUUACUCAUAAUUAGCUAGUGAUUUGUUUCUCUCCCCAUGUACUUUCGAUAGUUGGAAAACACCCAUGUCAUGCUC